UCUAGUAGACAAAUAAGUGACUAUGCCACUAUCAAUAUCAGUGCCAAUCGUCGUCUGCUUUGCACUUGAUUUGUUUCUCAAAUAAUCGUGGUUAAGGUAAUUUUUUAAAAAAUAAGGCAGAAUCAUGUCUGUCAUUGAAUCCACUACCAGGCUCAUAAAUCUGCAAAGACUGUUGAAGCCCUGGAUACCUACGACGACUGCAAUUAGAUGGAGAACAAGAAAACCAAAUAUCCAAAGACCUAUUCCAGAUCAUUAUGUCAAAGCAAGAUUCAAAGCUGCCCUUGAGCCCAUAUACCCAGAUCCCCAGAUGGACAAACCAUGGUUCGAAAAGUGUGGCAAUAUUUGGCAAACUAAAGAAAAGGAAGAGACUUCCAAGUAUGAGGAACUUUUGGCCAAAGAGUUUUAUAAGAAAUUCGCCGAAUCACAGCUGAUUGCUGUUUUUCAUGAAAAUUCCUCUAAAGCAUAUGAGCUAAUUAAGAUUAAACAAAUGAUACAUGGUCACAACAUGAAAAUGGUCUUUGGAAGUAGAAAAAUUGCCACUUUGGCUCUGGCUGGAACAGAGUUUGAGCCUGUUCUAAGAUUACAUGAAGGGAAAACUGCCUAUUUGUGCAGUAAAGACCUUCAUGUACCUAAACUUCUUAAAUUUGUCAAGAAAAUGAAUCACUUGGUUCUUUUAGCUGGUGUAGUCCAAGGCAGGUUAAUCACCAAAAGUCAGCUGCAAUGGGUUGCCACUUUACCAGAUAUAAACAUGCUGCGUGCUGAGCUCUGUUCAAUCCUGUCCUCACACACAAUUCAAUUGAGCCAAUCCCUGACAUAUCAACAGCAGCAAUUAACACAGUCUCUGGAACAGCUUGUAAAAAAAGAUAGUGAAACAUCUACUGAUGGAAGUGAAACAUCUGCUGAUGGAACAAGCUAAAAAAGUGUAUUGCAGAUACAUUAGAGAAGAUUAAUACAGUGUUUAAAAAACUUG